AUGUCGCUACUCGGUCUGCCAGCAGAGAUGAUUUUGGCAAUCUGUCGUCAGGCUCCUCUCGAGACGGUCGCCAACCUUCGCUUGACCUGCAGAACUCUGAAUGACAGGAUCGCUCAGAGCUUCUUCGCGGCAAACUUUGCGACAAUUGACAUUAUUGCGGACGACCAAAGUGCAAGCGUAGAUGCCAUAGGAAGAAUUGUCACCAAUGAAGCAACAGCACAGCGAGUCCGCCAUGUGCGCGUACACAUGAAUUUUUUAUUCCACGCAAUAGCACAAGCAGAACCCCUUGAGCACAGAGUAGUUGACAAGUGCACGAAGGCGGUCAGAAGAGUCGGUGCUCAACUCAUCAAAGCGCUCCCACAGCUGAAAAAUUGCGACACCAUCGAACUGGUUGAUAGUUUUCCUGUAUGCUUGCAUCACAGAUACCCGCAUUUCCACGGUCGCAAAACAUAUAUCCGCCUCGUGAAUGACGGCAGUCAUUCAGAAGUAUGGGUUGGGCGUCGACCUCUGCCACACCAACUUACUUCUGCUUUGGUGUUUGGUAUCCUUACUGUGGUCAACAGACGGAUGAGAUGUCUGCGUAGAAUCAAGAUCGAGCCCCGCCUAGCUCUUCAAGAUCUUAAAGCAAAUCUCUCAAGCAGACUCUGCAAAUGGCUAGCAUUCCAUGGUGUGCACUCCCUGAAGCUGAAGCUUAUUGACUGUUCGAACGAACACUAUAGAAUCAACUUCUCGCAAAGGCAAGCGCACACAACGGGUGUAUGGACAACCGGCAGUACAUUCGAGGGUCAAGAUAGGAUGGGUUAUGAAAAUGAGCGCAAAUUAACCACAAUCAGUGAUUCAGCAUCACAGUGGGAGAAGCAAAGUUCGCGGCAUGCGAUGCUUCGGGUCUUCCUUAAGCAUUUUCCACAUCUGAGAGACUUGGUCUUAGACAUUGAGGCGGAUCAACAGAAGACCGGCUUGCCGGAGGACAUGAUGCCAGCUUUCCUGUCCAGCAGCUCUUUGAAGACUCUGAAACUUUCAGUCUCCAUCGGAGAUGGAGUGACACUGACCAAGGCAGUAGAAGGCCUGAGCUCCCUUGAGACCAUUGCUUUGGAGGAAUGCGAUUUCAGAGAUCUGAAUGCCUUCAGACAAACCAGCCAAUGCUUUCUUCGCCAAGCCCACUUCUCAUUGAAGGAAAUCCGGCUAUACAAGCCUUGGACUUGGAACAACGAGGGUAUUCAGACUAUGAUUUGUCCCGGAGAAGCAUGUGAGCCGUAUGUCUGCCGGUAUUGGGGUCUUGGAGGCCUUGCUCAGCAGACCAUGCACGUCUCGCUGAACGUGCUUGAAGAUAUGCCCAAUUGGUGCAAGAAGUGCCAUGUCAGGUCAAUUGCACUGACGAUGGACCAACUCGAUCUGGCAGAGUCAUUUAAGAGAAUGUUUCAUCAGCAAAGCGCACGCGAAAGGCCACCGCCGAGGUGCACGGCACCGAAUAUGGAGCGCCAAGGUUAA